AUGAUCUUUGAGGUUAGAUUCAAACGUUGUUUUUGUUUAUAAAUUUUAUAACUCACAAUAAUUUAUUAAAAUGGUUAAAAAGAAGAUUGACAACAGAAUAAGGGUUAUGAUAGAGAAUGGAGUCAAGCUGGGCCACCGUACAAUGUUUCUGUUGGUUGGUGAUAAGAGCAGAGAUCAAGUGCCAAUACUUUAUGAUAUUUUGGUGAAAUCAACAGUCAAGUCUAGACCAACAGUUCUCUGGUGCUACAAAAACAAAGAUGAAGCUAUAAGCAAUCAUGGCCGUAAAAGGGCAAAGAAAAUAGCAGCUGGUAAAUUGGAGGUGUCAGAAGAAUCACUGUUCGAUGCAUUCAGGGUAGCGACCACCAUACAUGGACGGUAUUACUCUGAGAGUCAUGCUAUGCUCGGUCAGACAUAUGGCGUGUGUGUGUUACAGGACUUUGAAGCCCUGACACCCAACUUGCUGGCUCGCACAGUGGAGACAGUAGAAGGAGGUGGACUUAUCAUAUUCUUACUCAAGACCAUGGACUCCCUGAGACAACUGCAUUCCAUUACUAUGGAUGUCCAUUCAAGAUUUAAAACCGAGGCUCACGACACCGUAGUGAACCGUUUCAACGAGAGGUUCCUCCUCUCCCUAGCGGACAAUCCCCGCUGCCUCAUUCUGGACGACAAUCUCACGGUGCUGCCGAUCUCCUCCAAAACGGCGCAAGUGGAACCUGUCAAUGUUACACCAGAGCGUACCAACCCCAAGCUGACGGAACUAGUGUCAUCUCUCUCCGACACGCCGCCCGCGGGGCCUCUUGUCGCCCUCUGUCGCACCUACGAUCAGGCAACGGCACUUAUAGCCAUUAUAGACACAUUGGCUUCGAAAACUUCCAGGCCUCCCCACUGCCUAACAGCCGCCCGAGGCCGCGGCAAGUCCGCCUGCCUCGGCCUCGCCGUCGCCGCCGCCGUAGCACUCGGCUACGUCAACAUCUACGUCACCUCCCCCCACCCUGAGAACUUGAUCACCCUCUUCGAGUUCGUGCUAAAAGGGCUGGAUGCCUGUUUAUACCAGGAGCAUAUAGAUUAUAAUAUACUGAGGUCUACAAAUCCGGAUUUUAAGAAGGCGAUUGUGAGGAUCAAUAUUGCUAGGAAUUCGAGGCAGACUGUUCAAUACAUUACCCCCGACGACCACUCGCUGCUAAGCGCCGCUGACCUCGUACUAGUGGACGAAGCGGCCGCCAUACCCAUCACACACGUCUCUGCGGCCGCUACCAAGGCACCGCUGGCGUUGCUAUCGUCGACCGUUUCUGGGUACGAGGGAACGGGCCGCGCGCUAUCUCUGAAACUGUUCGCGAUGUUGCAGACGAAACACGACGCUCCAGCACCGAUAAAGCUAGAAGAGCCUAUCCGUUACCGCUUCGGCGACCCAGUCGAAGCCUGGCUCAACUCCCUCCUAUGCUUGGAGUCCCCCGCACCCUCCGUAGGGGUCGGAGCACCCUCGCCGGCGGCCUGCGAACUGUUCCGAGUGAACAGAGACGCCCUGUUCUGCUACCAUAAGGCUGCUGAGGCGUUCCUGCACAGACUGGUCGCUAUAUACGUCGCUAGUCACUAUAAGAACAGUCCCAACGACCUUCAACUCCUGGCUGAUGCACCAGCUCACAACCUGUUCGUUUUGCUUGCGCCUACCCCGCCGAAUGCCACUUCCAUGCCAGAGGUACUCUGUGUGGUACAGAUGUGUCUUGAGGGCAACAUAUCAGAUAAAUCAGUCCGCGACAACCUCGGGCGCGGGCGAAAAGCGGCAGGUGACCUCAUCCCUUGGAAUAUCUGUGAGCAAUUCGGAGACAGGGACUUCCCCAAACUGUCAGGCGCCAGGAUCGUGCGCAUAGCCACGCAUCCGUCUUACCAGCGGAUGGGUUACGGCAAGCGAGCGCUGCAACAACUGGCUUCGUACUACACGGGCGACAUCCCCUGUCUGGACGAGCAGCAUUCUGACACUGAAGACGUGCCCGACAAAAGAGCAGGCGGUCUACACACGGAGACUAUUGUGCCCAGAGCAAAGCCACCAACACUCCUUAAGCGGCUAUCAGAAGUGCAAGCAGAACAUUUAGACUACCUAGGCACCAGUUUUGGUCUUACAGAAGAUCUACUAAAGUUUUGGAAGUCUCAGAAAUACGUGCCUGUUUAUUUAAGUCAAAAAGCGAACGAGUUGACGGGCGAGCACUCGUGCAUCAUGGUCCGCGCGCUCGGCGAGGCCUCCUGGCUGGCGGCCUACAGCGCGGACUUCCGGCGCCGCCUCGCCCGGCUAUUAGGGCGCAGUCUGCGCGGCCUGCCCGCCUCGCUCGCCUUGCCCACGCUCGUCAACGAGAGCGUCAGUGUGGACAAACCUGCGCUCACAAAGCAGUUGAUCGCCCAACACUUAUCCAAUCACGACUUAGCACGAUUGGAGUCCUACUGCAGACAGCAGGCGGACUACAGGCUCAUAACGGACUUACUAGCUCCCAUAGCCACCUUAGUGUUCCAUGCCAAAGUGGCUAAGUUGGAUGCUGUGCAACAAGUGAUAUUCGUGGCCAUGGGUUUCCAAAUGAAGGAGCCAGACGACAUAGCCCAGGAGCUCGGCCUGCCGGGGUCGCAGAUCCUCGCCAAGUUCUACGAGGCCUGCAAGAAGAUCAACGCCAGCUUCAACACUGUGCUAGAACAUUCUGUAGCCAAGGAAAUAGGUAUUGAAGACAUGAGCGCAGAAGUAGACACGAACGGGCCAGUCAAGCAGAGUCUGAACGAGGAACUUACGAAGGCCGCUAAGGAACUGGAACGCAAGCAACGCAAGGAGCUGUCAAAACUGAUGGGAGAAGAUUUAGCACAAUACCGCAUUAAGGGCUCCGAUAUGGACUGGGGCCAAGCGCUCGCAGCCUCCAAGGCUAAGGGAUUGCUUUCCGUUAAAAGCGGCGAGAAGCGGCUCGGCGACGACAGCAAGGAGCUGGACGAUCUUCUAGAGCGAGAGCCCGGCAAGAAGAAGAAGAAGAAACACAACCGCAAAGACGUGUGAAUAAACUGGUCGUUAGUA